AUGUCGCUCGUCCUACCAGAACAGCACCAGCAAUUUCAGCAUAUCUUGCGUUUGCUCAACACGAACGUCGAUGGGAAGAGGAAGAUUAUGUAUGCGCUGACGGAGAUUAAGGGUGUUGGACGAAGGUACUCGAAUAUUGUGUGUAAGAAGGCGGAUGUUGAUUUGAGUAAACGUGCGGGUGACCUCAACUCAGACGAACUCGAGCGGAUCGUCACCAUCAUCCAGAACCCCACGCAAUACAAAAUCCCCGUCUGGUUCCUUAACAGACAAAAAGACAUCAACGACGGGAAGAACUACCAGAUUCUCUCUAACAACGUCGACUCGAAGUUGCGUGACGACUUGGAGAGAUUGAAGAAGAUCCGUGCGCAUCGUGGACUUAGACAUUUCUGGGGAUUGAGAGUGAGGGGUCAGCAUACGAAGACUACUGGUCGUCGCGGGAAGACGGUCGGUGUAUCAAAGAAGCGUGGUUAAACUUUUCUGCGUCGCUUCGUCUCGUAUUGCCCUAUCUACCUACGCAAUUCACAUGUAUACGCCUCAUACAUAUGUCCCACCUAUGCGUUAUAAUACGUGUAUGCGUGAUUUCAUGUCAAGUGUGACUGUAUAGAUAGAUUCGAUGUGAUGAGGACGACAGAGCUCAGCUCUUCUCACUUCUUACG